AUCGCUGCCGAUGGUGCUAAACAACGUUAGCUGUAGCAUUAGCUUGAUUUAAACACAAAAUAGUAAACAUUUCAAUGUAUUCUGCAACUAUAUAGAAUUUCACUUACACUGAGGAAACAGUAUUGCGUAAUGGCGGCCAGCCCCCGAGAUGACGACUUUGAAGAUUAUGAUAAGCCAGGUGCAGAGAGAUCACGCAGGAGGAGAGGCGAAGAUGAUGAUUUAGACAGUGAAAUUGAGGGUGAUUUGCUCGAUGAGGAUUGGCUGACAGCCAAAAAGAAUCCCUCAGAAGCGUCAGAUGAGGAAUUGAACGAUGACCUUCUGCAAAGUGAUGAAGAAGGUCAAAACUUCAGCCAGGGAGUUAGCCUCAAUGCUACUCUAGGCGAAUUUGACCAGCAGGCGAACCCCAUAGACUACACAGUCGACCUAGGAGAUGUAGAGGGGGGCUACCAGCAGGACGGGGGAGAGUACGUGGACGAGUACAGCCAGCCCAAUGACAUGGAGAUGCCAGACGGCCAAAUGGAAUACUCAGGAGAACAGGCCGAGGGCGACGGGAUUUACCAGGACGAAGUGUUAGACAUUCAAAUCAAUGAGCCUCUAGACGAUGAAUUUCAAGUAGAUGAUUACUCAACAAGCUACAGAGAUGGAGAACAGCAGGAGCAGGCAGAGAAACAGGAAGCACCAGAGGGGGACGAAGAGGAGGAAGACUCUCAGCUUGCAGACACAGAGGAGGCUGAAAAUGAACCAGAGCCAGAGGAAGAAGUGAAGGAGGAGGAAGAUGAGGAUGAAGAGGAAGAUGAGGAUGGAGAGUCUGGCCGGUUGCGAUUCAAAACUGAGCGCAAAGACGUCACGUCUGGCAUUGUGCGGCUGGCAGAUGCAGCAAACAAAAGAAGAAACAUUCCUGAAACAUUAGAGCUCUCUGAAGAGGCCAAAGCAGACCUGAUGGAGUUUGAGGAGAAGGAGCGCCAGAGGAAGCAGGGCCGCUUUGGGGGCCGAGGAGGAAGAGGAGGAUUCAGAGGACGAGGAGGAAGAGGGGGAUUCCCCGGAUUCGGGAUGGGAGACUUUGGUGGAGGAAGAGGACGAAUGAAUGACCAGCGGCUCCCAAUGAUGCCACUACAUAUGGGCAUGCAGCAGUCUCCCUCCAGAAUGCCUCCCCCUCACCACCAAACUCAUCAUCCUCAUCAGCAGGCCCAUCACCAGGGCGGCCCCGGUGGCCCCCGAGGGCCUCUUUUCCAGGAGCACAGUGGGGGCUCGCUGGCCCAGCAGCACCAGCAGCCCCUGCAAGCCCUCACCCCCCAGCACACGGCCCACCGUGGCUCGCCCUCCUCACACAGGGCACCAGUCAGGCCACAGAUGGACCCGCCGCCCCGUAUGAUGAGUCCCCCUCCUUCACACAACCACCCCCACCAACAGCAGCAGCAGCAGCCCAAGAACAUCCACAUCAACCCCCAUUUCAGGGGCCCAGCGUCCUCCCCUGCACAAGUGCCCUUGAUGCCUCCUGCCCAGAGCCAGCCCAGAUCUGCUCCGAGUCCUCAGAGGUUCCCUGGAUCGGGGGACUUCCAGCAGGAGCACAUGCCUGGUAAUUUUGGCCAGCCGCCCCAGAGGCCCCCCCAUUACAUGGAGCCCUGGAGGAACCAGCCUCCCCCUGCCCCCCAGGACAGAGAGCCCUUCUUCAUUGGGGACCCAGGGCGGUUCCCUGGGCAACAGCAGCACAUGUUCGAUCACCAGAACCCCGGCUUGCUCAUAAACAGUAACAACCAUCAGAUCCCCAGCCAGGGCCACAUGGCCUUCAACCAGCCAGGCCUAGGAGGGUUCAACCAGCCGGGCCUAGGAGGGUUCAACCAGCCAGGCCAGGGUCCAGGGGGCCAGCCAGGGAUGUUCCAGAGAGAGCCCCCCAGACCCAACCUGCCUCCCCAGGGCCACCCCCAGGGCCACCAGGGCAUGUCCAGCCUGACGGGGCUCGGCGGACCCCCCAACACCAGGCCCUUCAUUGGCCACAUUCAGCCCGGCUUUCAGCAGCAGCAGGUGCCCCCCGGGUCCUUCCCACUGCAGCAGCACCAGUUUGGGAUGCAGGUACGGAUGAGAGGCUUGAUGCAGCACGGCCCUCCCCACUCACAGCUCCAGUGUCACGACUUGCCUCUCUCCCAACAACAACAACAACAGCAGCAGCAGCACCACAGACAGGACCUGUCUCAGCCGCCCCCCCACCACCACCCACAGCAUCAGCUCCACCCCAACGAGCAGCGGCAAGGCCCCAUGAUGCACCACGGCAGUGGGCAGGGGCAGCCCCUCUUCCACCAGGUGCAGCAGCACGGCAGCCCCAGACAGACGCACUCUGGCGGACCCCACCCACAGCAGCGUAACGCCCCCAUCAGGUCCAGAAUGAACCCUCCUGCACUGAAAGUCCUUCCCCAGCGCAACAGCAACCUCCGCGAGCUCCCCGUGGCACCUGGCAACCAAAACAUGAACAAUGUCCGCCCCGCCUCGGCGCCCAACGUCAGGCCCGUUGCCAGGGCAAUGCAGGGCGGGGUGCGACCGGGCCUGAAUGCUCGGCCGGUCCCAGGCGGUGGCCGGGGGAGAGCCCAGCCUACUGCUGCCAACAAGGCCGCGGCACAGCUACCUGGGCCACCUGAAAGAACGGUGGUUCACAGGGAUUCCACAGACACUCAGCCAAACACAGCAGUACAGGAUCCCGACGAGGACGAAGAGACGCGGCAGUACCGUCUGAAGAUCGAGGAGCAGAAGCGUCUCCGGGAGGAGAUCCUGAAGAGGAAGGAGAUGAGGAGGCAGAUGCAAGCCGGCGUCCGCAAGAAGGAGCUAAUGGCGCGCAUCAUCGGCCAAGGUGACCCACCACAACAACAGCAGCAGAGGCAGUUUCCCCCUAAACCCCAACAGCCCCAGCAAGGCUCUACUGCCUUCCCUCCCAACGGCACCCCACCGACGCCCCCCGCGCUCCGCCAGAACGUGAAGACCCGCCUGCAGAUGACCAAGGGCCAGGGUCAGCAAGCCCCAGCGCCAGGCUGGCAGGGGGGCCAACAGGGGCAGAACACUGGCCCCGGUCCCAACCCUACCCAGCAGGCCCAGCAACAACAGCAGCAGCAGAGGAGGAACGUUACCCAGCUGAACCCUAUCAGACCAAGGGGGCCCACUGUCCUGGGGAGCAUGCCCAUGCAGGGAGCCCUGGUGGCAGGUCUGAGUCCAGACCAGGCCCAGGCUCUUGGGCCUAAGUCAGGGGUGAAGAGAACUGUGAUGCAGCGAGCCAAUAGUGGAGACCGAGCGGGGCCACACAUCCCACAGAAAGUCAGAGUUGUCAAGCUUAUAGGAGGGGGAGGAGAUGCGAGUGGUAUCAGCGCCCCCAUCCAGCAGCAGCAGGCCAACAGGCCAGCCCCCCAUAUCCUCCAGGGCCCAGUGAGGAAGGUAACCCUGGCCAACCCCCCCGGAGGACAGCCCAUACAGGGCCUGGUCACACAGGGGGACAGAGGGGGCCUGGGCAACAGGGUGGUUGUCCCAGGGCGUGGCAGAGCCAGGGGGGCAGGAGGAGCGGGUCAGCUGGGGUGUGGGCGUGGCAGAGCCAGAGGGGCAGCGGGGGCUGGAGGAGCGGGUCAGCUGGGGUGUGGGCGCCUGAUACCCACCAGACAGAAUCAGCGAGGGGCGGGGACGGGGGACAGCCAGGCCUGCACUGUGUCCAUAGACGGCCUCUCUACAUCCACCACGGACACGCAGCUCCGAAACCUGCUCAACUCCAUCGGCCCCAUCCAGAUGUUCAAAAUGCUGCCCCAUCAGAGAAAAGCCAUUGCCAAGUUUCACAAUCCCCAGCAUGCCUUGAGUUUUCAAGUCAGCUUCAACAGGCAUAUGAUAGAUUUGUCCCACAUUGACGUGUCACUGAUUGACGGCUGAAGAGGGCGGUAGGGGGAGGCGGCGAGCGCCCGGUGCAGGACAUCACGUCAGAUGCUUAUUCAGCCUUGAGGCUCCCGUGUACAGCUCCUUCAGCUAGAUGUAACCACAGCCCUAUGGAACACUAAGAACCUACACCCUCAUCCUCCUCACAACGAGCACCCUCAACCGCCUCGCCGGCAGACUAUCUACUGUGGAAAACCUCAGCACAAAGCAGCAUGUUUUGCUGAUGGUUGAAUUGCAGUCAAGGGGGAGGUUCGAUGCCGGUUUCAUGUGACAAUAUGUUCAUAGUCGCUGGUCUGGUGACUUUCAAACUGUGACAGAAGAAAUGUGAGAUAUGAGAAAAGGUUUGAGUAAAAGGUUUGUGCAUCGGGCACUAACGACAACAAGUAGUAGUUGUUGACACUGGAUAAUGGUUGCUCCCAUCCUCGGCUCAGUUGUGAACACCAUCGAUAUCAACAAUUAGGGAGAAGAGUUUUGGACAUCUGUCUUUGUAUAGGCUAUUGUUUAAGUUGUACCUCAAGAUUUUGCUCAUUAUCUGAACAGGUGUUUUGGAUUGGAGGAAAGCUACUGAAUGAAACAGGUGUGGAAAGGAGCGAGGCUUGCCACUACCUAUUUUCCCUUCUGGCACUGCCAUUUUCCUCCUAUAGAUGGCAGCAUUUGAUAAUGAUUGUGGUCUUUGGAUUGGACACUAUGGGGUGGCUUUUUGGGUAGGGCCCUUCCUCAAGGAGCAUUUAGUUUCUGGGUAAAUGGCACUGCCUAGUUGAGAACAUUUAGGAACGUAUUAAAGCCAUUUCAAAAAAUUCUGCUCAAAUGCAGUUUGAGGGUAUGUUGAUGAUUCAAACUUGCCCUUGCACCAGGUAAUGGUUCCAAUGAUUUUUGUUCGAAUAUAAUCUAGAUUGACUGGCCAUGCAAAAUAUAGUAAGAUCUUAUUCCUAACAUUAAGACAGGAUAACAUGGAUAAUGGUGUGUUUUUGUUAGGUUUUCUUCUGCACUUUUAAGUUAAUUGAUGUUACUCUGGAAGACUGGUUUAAUUUUCCUUCUCACUCUAAAGAGUCCAUUUUGGCCGGUAGCGUUACUUGAUCAUUGAGCUGUUUGUUUAGUCUUUUAAUUGGGUAAACAUGAAUAGGCCGCUUACAUUUGUGCGAUCUCUGAAUGCGAUUUAGACAUUAUUUUACUUUUCUGAUGCACUCAACUUUAGUUUUGUAUAUUUUUUAGUAUAGAUUUCAUUGGUACAUGUCACAGUUAGUAGCUGUGCUCCAUAAUAAAUUAUCAUUACAAGUUGUAUUUUAAAGAUGUUUGAUUGUCAUGCUCCUUUGGGAUAAUGAUUGAAAUGCUGAGUAUGGCUGAUUCUUUUAUAGCCUAUGUCGACAAUAUCUUUCACAGAUUGAUUGGAAAAAGAAAGACCUUUUGAAGCUUCCAAUUUUUGCAGGGUACAAUUUUACAUUGCAGCAGAUUUGUUUAAGUUGCCAUAAAUUCAUAUUUAUUUGUAUUGGUUUACUGAUACGAUGAAUGUUUUUGCCAUAUUGUUGGCCGAUAUAUUAUGAAAACUGUUUAUGGGUCAUUUAGGAACAGUUGGAAGCCUGUUUUGGUCUGGUUGGCAUGAUUUUCUGACAAGCUGAUAUUCAUAUAGUACUCUUACCUGAGCUAGAACUUUAAUUUAGUAGUAAACUUUACUUUUGAUUUAAUGGUAAAACAAAGAUACUGGUUUGUUGUUUUUGCGUUUGGCCACAAUUAAAAAUGUAGCAGUCUUGCCAAUCUAUUUGUAGUUCAGCAUUCUGAUAAGAACACCAAGCUGCAAAAGGAAAGAUGACAUUUGUAUUUUGUUUUACUUCCAAGAACAAAUUGAUUUACAAACUCAUUCUAUAGUGAGUGAUUAUCUAGAUAAUGAACGCAUACAUACAUACACAUAUACAUACAUACAUACAUGCGCGCACACACACAGUAUUUAUUUUUGAUGUCAUGAAGAUUUUCCCUUCAGUAGUUCAUUUUAUUUAGUAUUGAUGGAUUUCAGGUUUACUAAAACCUGGUAUCUGGUGCAUCAAAGUCCUAUUUACAUCAGAAGACAACAUAGUACAUUUCUGUGUUGCUGGAUCAAGGUCUAGUGAGGUUUUUAUUUUCAAAAUAUUGUUGACAUUUCCUUGCUUCCAAAAGUGACAAACCUUCAGCAAUAAGAAAUCAGAAUAGAACAGUCGCAGUAUAAUUACAUUAUUUUGUAUAAUUUUGUUCAAGUCGUUCAGAGCAAAACAUUUUCAGCUUCGGAAGGUGUGGGGGCAACCAUUACCAGUGUAUUAGAAAUCAUGUACAUAACAACAAACAAGUAGAACUUUCACCAAAUGUUUAUCACUGUUCCGAACUUUUUGAGUUCUCAUUAUGUGCUUUGUUGUCAAGUUAACUUUUUUUAUAUAUAUAGAUAUAUAUAAAAACUGAUGUGUCCAGACUUCAAUUAUUCUACUAGUGUUUCAUUUGUAUGUAGAACCAAAACUAAAGAGACCCUGGACCCCGUUUCUGUUUGUAGAUAUUUGAAUACUUUUUAAAGGGGAAAUAAAAUAAAAUAUGGCCUAUAUAUACCAUGAAGAUAUGGGUAUGUGAAGCCGAUUAACUUUUCUAGCCCACAACUUUGUCUGUGUGUCUAAUGUCUGUGUCUUGUGCUUUACGAUGAAGCUCAAUUCUGAAACAAGCUGUCAUUCAUUGUGAUCUAAUAUCUUUCUUAAGGUAUUGUUUCGUUUUUCUCCCCCCUGGUAUUGUUUCUUGCAUUGACUCCCCUCCCUGUUCUGUGUUUGACCAAAUCCUUUAACAAUUGCCUGUUGCACAAUGGAACUUGUGAUCUAGGUGUAGCAUUAAGUUAAGGUACUUUUUAACGUAGGCUACAUAUUUCCAUUACAUGCCAAUUUGGUACAAUAAUAUGCCAUUAUUUGUGGCAAGGAAUCUACCAUUUGUAGUCAAGUAUUUGAGCAUACUUAUUCAUAGUAUAUAUUUAAUCACCCUCAUCCCUCCAACACUCAGCACUGAUCAUUUAUAAAGUAUUUUAGAUGCCGAUAGUCUUAGCUGUAUGUCGAAAUCUUGCGGUUUCCUGUAAGACAGAAGGGCACAUGAUGCUGAAUACAAUUGAAGUGGUUUUGUUUGUCACUGUUCCCCUUUCGUGGUUUCACUUUGACUCUAAUGAUUUUGUUUUUUUUUGUUCCUUUUGUUUGCUUUUUUUUAAACUGUAUUGAAUUUUAAUUCUGAAUCCUAUGGAUUUUAAAAAGUAUCGGCAAUGCCAUUUAAGUCACAUUAGUAUACGACAUAAGUGAUGUCUGGUAACAGAGAACAGGUUCAUAUUGGACCUAUUUGUACCUUGUUUCUAAGGUUUUUAUUGCCAAUGUACUUGCAUGAACUUUAUGAUGAACGUUUAUGAUUUUUAUGUCAUCAGGUUUGGAGCACUCCUCUUUAGCCGUUUAAUGUUGAUUAUUUUUUAAAAGCUGCACGACUUUAGAUUUUAAACAGGAUGCUACAUAGUGUCUUACUGAUUGACUGAUCUGCUCAUAUUGUCUAAUUGUUUUUGCUAUUGAUUAUUUACUUUUAAAUGUCAAUGGUUUUCGACCUGGAACAUCCAGUGAACUACUAUGCUGCUUAAAAUGUUAUCAUGGUCAAAACAAGAUUAAGACAGUUGCGUUGAAGGCACCCCUGAAGUUUAAAAGAUCUCCAAACUUCGAACGACUAACAUUUCUUAUUCUUCACAGGUGUUUUGGAUGGGAUCCAGAAGCGCUUUGUGUUUUGCAGAACCACGGCUGAAUAACCAUAGUUGACUCCUUCUCUCCGUUAUAGGUUGGAUCCCGCCGUCUGACACUUUACGUCAAUGCUAACACUGUUUGUUUGAUUUGCAGGUCCUGUGAGAACACAAUUGUCUACUUUUUCCUCAUCUUGAUAAUUCAGUCGAUUUUGUAGCAUGGUUUUGGACCUCAAACACCGUUGGCCAGACUUCUGCUUCUUCCAACCGCUUUCCCUGUAACCUUAUCCUCCCAACCCCCCCCAACCUCCAAGGUUGGCAUUGACUCAGUUGAGGUGUGUCGUUAUCAUGGUUGCUGUUGCUGCUCUUAACCCUCUGUAUCAAGCAGGGGCCCUGCCUGGAUUACCUUUGUUUGUUAACCCAAUGGAUGGAGGUUAACAUCUCUGUGACGACACCCGGGGUCACAGAUCAGACACACUUAAAGCCACUCGCUUCCACUCCACCCAACUCCUGCCAGCUAUGCUCGGCAUUCACAUGUUUGGUUGGAUCGUGAAAAGAUACUACAUUGAUUUAUUAUACCGUGUACGGUGUGAUGUUGUCAAGCACUGAAAAAACUGACUUGAAUUGUUGAAAAAAGACCUAAAUGUAUGUUUCACAUUUGUGUUGGAAGACAUGUUGAUCCAUCAAGAUUGUACAACCCAAAGUUUGUGAUGCAAUGUUGUUGUUUAAGAACUUCAGCGUUUGUCUGUGAAAUGUUUGCCUGUGAUGCGUUUGUGCACUGAAUAUUGAUGCAACAUGUUGAACAGUUUAAUUAUUUUACAAAAUAUACAAGCUACAAUGUACAUUGUUGAAUAAUUAAGUGAUUCUUACCUAAAUAAACACUUUAAAUGUA